AACGUAGACAUGUAGCACUGGUUCACGGAUCCCCACGCAAACCCCAAUGGGCAUAAGUCGGUACACCAUUUCCUCCACCAGCUCUGCACUCAAGAUAAACCUGACUUCUGAGGCGCAGGUAUCAGUCAGUCGUGCUCGCAGAUAUGUCUCAUCCACUCUAGGUACAACGCGAGGCGGAACAUCAGUUCUGCGUGUCAGUGUAGUGCGGAUGUAG